CCCGCCGCGGGUCCUUCAGUGUGGCUCUGACGCCAUCACCCAGCGCAGUGUCGUCAUCAGGAGAAGAAACAGUAAGCAGACCAUCAGAAAGAGGAGGUAUCCGCUUGUCCAGGUGUGUUUUACCUCUGCUGCCCGUUCCUCAACAUGUACUAUAGACUGAACGGAGUGACGCAGCGGCUCACCGGAGCUCCCGCCACCGCCUACAACCCGCAGGGUCUGCGUCCAAGUGUCCCACCUGUCAGUCCUCCUGCCAUCUUUGCAUCGCCGACCAAACUGGUGUCAGAAACAGGAAGUCAGGUGGAGUACCUGGGAGCCAACAGAGUCAAUGAAAUGCAGAAAUUCUUCCAGAGGGCAGAUGGGGUCCCUGUACACCUGAAGAGGGGUCUGAUAGACAAGUUGCUUUACCGAACCACCAUGGGUCUGACGGUGGGGGGGGCGAUAUACUGCCUUGUGGCUCUCUACAUCGCGGCCCAGCCUGGCAACAAGUGAUGCUGCAGAGCUGCUGCGCUCUGAUUGGACCAGAUGUUUCCUGUGUAUGUUCAGUGUGAGAGUUGAUGAGGUAUUCAGGGACAGGUGGAGGUUUCUGAUGAGGUGUUCAGGGACAGUCUGUCUGCAGAUAAAAACACUGUACAGAAAUAUGAUUUAGUGUGGUGAAUUAAUAAUAAAGUUUAUUUUGUUGUGAAAGAA